GGGGGCCGGGCCUGCCGGCGGGGGCAAGCGGAGACAGCGCGGGGCGGCAGUGCGGGGCAUCUCCUGAGGGUCUGGCUCUCCGCAGGGAUCCUGGGGCGCUGGGCCCCCUGGGCCACCCGCUGCCCCGGCGCCGGGCGCGCCCUCUCCGGCUUCUCCGCCCGCUGUGUCGGGCAGGUGCGGGCACAGGUAGCGGCCCCGCUGUGGAAGCCGCGGCUGCCCGUGGCGAACCUGCCCGGGGGAGGCAUCUCCUCGGUCCUCAGCAGUGUCACAUCUCUACUUCCAAGUAUACUUCAACAGCCAGCGAGGACUGUCACUUACUAUAGCUUGCGGAAGGGGAAGAGGAAAACUGUGAAAGCUGUCAUCAAGAGGUUUCUCCGGCUGCACAAUGGCCUUUGGGUUAGGAGAAAGGCUGGUUAUAAGAAGAAACUGUGGAAGAAGUCAGCUGCCCAGAGGAAGCGUUUGAGAGAGCUGGUGUUGUGCAAUAGAACACAAUGUAAACUCCUUGAUAAAAUGACCACUUCUUUCUGGAAAAGAAGGAAUUGGUAUGUUGAUGAUCCCUACCAGAAAUACCAUGAUCGGACAAAUCUUCGUUUCUAGAAAUCUGGGUUUCAUUUUUGCAUGUGUCUGGUAGAGAGAUGGGGUACAUCUUCUAAAUAAUAUGCGUAUCAUCUGAUCAGAAUUAUGGAAAUUGAUACUCAAAAUAAAGGAUUAUUCAAGAUUA